UAUUAAAAGACAUAGGCCUAAUACAACACACAUCUUAGUAGAACCUGCCUGUCUGCAGAAAAAAUUAAGGAUUAUAUCAAGAUGGCUACUAGUGCCAGUGAGCUGAAUCAGUUUCUGGAAAAUGUUCAUGAGAUGGUCCUAGAGUGCACAAUAUGUUUGAAGAGAUUUCAAAAUCCUAAAUCCCUCAAUUGCCUCCAUACAUUCUGUUUGGCAUGUCUUGAAGAUUGGGUAAAGAAGGAGAAGGGUAAGCUAACGUGCCCAACCUGCUCAAAAUCGUACCCUAUUCCAGAAGAUGGGCUUCAGAAGCUUCCACCAAAUACCAUUUUAAAUAACUUAAUAGAAACUAUUGAAAAAUUUUCAAAAACAGAUCAGAUGAAAUGUGUUUGUGGAAAAGGACCGGCCAAAUACUACUGCCAGGAAUGCAGACAUUACUUGUGUUGUACCCAUAGUAAAGAUCACAAAAUAAUGCCAAUAUCAGCAAGUCACAAGCUACAUUCAGUGGAGGAAGUACAAUCGAUGAGCCCUUUACAGAUUGCAGCGUUGCAUCCUCCAAUAUGUUCUGUUCACAAUGAGCCUUUAAAAUUUUUCUGCUGCAUAUGCAAUGUUCCAAUAUGCACAGACUGUGCAAUUACUGACCACAAUGCAGGGGAUGGAAAUCACAAACCAAUCAGCAUUUCUAAAGCAUUCCAAGCAUUUAAAGAAACUUCAGCAGCAUUGGAAAAAGCUGCCAAUGACUGCAAAGACAAGUUAGAAGAUGGCCUCAAAGCAGUUAAACAGAAUGUUAAAAUAUUAGAACAAAGCAAAUAUACAAGUUUGAGAGAUAUUGACAAUCAUGUGCAAGAAAUGUGCAAGAUGAUGAAGAAAAAAGGAGACCAAAUGAAAAAUGAAGUAGAGACAAUCUACAAAAAGAAAAAGAGGGUGUCAGAUGUGCAAAUACAUGAACUAAAAACAACAAUAAAUGAUAUAACUACAAAACUAUCUUUUCUUAAUCAAUUAUUGAAGAGUGAUGAAGCUACAGCAAUGCAAUCAAGUGAAGCAGUAAUUACAGCGCUGAAAGGCACAACCAGAGAACUGCCAAAAACAGAGCCAAAUGAUGAUGGAUACAUUAAAUUCUUAAUAAACAAACAGCAACUUGCUGCAUUGCAAAAAUUUAACAUUGGAAAUGUCACAUUGGGGGCAGCAGAGUGUCUAACAUUAAAGGCAGAGGAAUCUGCGACCCAAGGUCAGACAAUUGUUGUAAAAGUAAUCAAAACAGAGGAAUGUGAAAUACGUGCAAAUCAAAUGAAGGCAACAUGGACACAUCCUACAGGAGAAACCAACAUCACACAAGUUGAAAAGGAUGACAAUGGAGAUUAUUUUGUGAUAGGCAAAUGCAAACAUCCAGGUUUUUGCAGACUAGAUGUGAGUGCUGAAGGCAAACCAAUUAAGCAGUCUCCAUUGAUGAUCAAAGUACACAAGAAAGAAUUAGUAAAUACUAUUGAUAUAAACAUAGAACGUCCUGUAGGUGUAGUUAAGUAUGAAGAUGAUUGCUUACUGGUUUCAUGUAAUACAAAUGAAAUACUCAAGUACAAGCAAUCAGGAGAAUAUAUUGGUAAGGUUGGAUUGCCACAAGGUCUGAAAGUGUAUAGACUGUUCAAAAUGAAGAAUGGUAACAUAGCAUUCAGUGAUUCGGGUAACAGAUGCAUUAAAGUGUGUAAUAUGAGGGGUCAGGUAAUGAAAUCAAUUGGUCAGGAAUUAUUGAGGGAUCCAGCUGGUAUCCAUAUGAAUGUAGCAUCAAAUAUUUAUGUAGCAGAUGGAAAUUAUUGUGUAUUCAUAUUUGACAUUUGUAGUGGCCAGGUGAUGAAGAAGAUUGGGUCAAAGGGCCACAAAGAAGGUCAAUUAAGAGGUGUCAUUGAUGUGGCCCUUACAAAUGAAGGACAUCUUCUUGUAUUGGAGUAUUACAACAAUAGAUUACAGCUAUUUGAUAAGGAAGGAAGGUUCAUGAAAGUCCUCGUUGAAGCAGUUGAUGAAAAUGGUAAAUUGAAGAAUCCAUGUGGAGUAGUAGUUGAUGAGGAUGACAACAUCAUUAUAUCAAGUAAUCACAAACUACAGCUAUUCAGUAGUGAUGGAAAUUUCAUUAAAAGAAUUGAUGAGCCAAAAGAUGGAAUUGAAAGUCCUAAUGGAUUAUGCAUCAUUUCGUAUCAUCCAAGGCAAGUUGCAGUAGCAAAUAGUGGUAACAAUACAGUAAAAAUAUUAACUUAUUAAAGUAUUUGAUGUCAGUCUGCUGCCCUCACUAGUUUUCCUUUGUUUUAAAUAAAGAAGCUCACAGCACUCUUGUAUGUAUUCUUAUUAUUCAAAGAAGUCCUGGCUAUUAGGCGCUAUAAACCAUGUUUAAAUACUGGAUUAAAAGCAUCCAAAGAACUUGCAAUUUUUAACUAGCCAUUAACAUCUAGUUUAUUUAUAUUCAUAUUAACAGUGUUUACACUUUAUCCAGAUUGAUUUUGUCCUGUUAACUCAUUAAUAAUAAUAUGUCACACCUUGUUUGCCUUGAUUGGUCAAUUUUACAGGUUUCUCACUUUUGAUUGGUUAGUUAAGUUACUUCAAUUCUGGUAUAUGGUCCCUAUGGACAAAAUUAUUUUUAUAAUAUAAAUAUUGAAUCAUGGCUUCUCUUAGUCAUUUUUGAGUCUACAUGAUAUUAUAUUAUCUAAAUAUAAUCAGUGGACCACUUGGUCUUAUAAUGUAGUGUACAUUAAAUUACACACAAAUCAUGUAUAAAUUAGUUGUCUCAAAACUGCACAAUUUAUAUUAAAUUAAAGUAUACUGUGUCACAAAAAUUUAAUCUCUCAAUAAGUAACAUAUACUAUUAAUAAGCAAAUAUUGUUAGGUUUUGAGUACAAUAUAGGAAAUAGCCUAGCAAAAGGAGACAUUAUUUCCUGAAAAAAAAAAUCUUUAAGCCUGCAGACUAAAGGCAUUUUUUUCUAAAUUAAGUUUUUCUUAUAUUGUUUUUUUUUUGUGUUUGCUAAGUAAUGAAAGAGAAAAACAAUUCAUUUAAAGGUACAGUAGUUUGAUAUGUUCUAGGAUUGCAGAGUUAAUAAAAAAUUAUCUCAAUUAUCAUCACCAAGGAUGCUUCUUGAUCCAGCAUCAUUUUUCAGUGUGAAUGAUAGUUAUAGGUUAAUAAUUUAUCAUUUCCAUGGCUUUUGUAAUAAACAUUUAUCAUAAAUAUUAUUUACAUAGGACUACUACAUUAGCCUAUUUUUUGUAGUUUAAAAUCAAUGACAUUGGAUUUUCUUUUACUAGGGUAAGAGCUAAUCAUUGAAUAUUUAGUAGAUGACUAUUGUAGCUGUCAGUACCGUAAUUGAUAUUAACUGUGUAUAACAUGGUAACUGUUUAAGUAAUGAUCAGAAAUACCUCCAUGUUUGCUAAUUGUAUUUUGUUUAGCAUGGAUUAUUAGCGUAGUAGAUCUGAUGAUUCUAUAAUUUAGAUUUUGAUGAGGUAACAAUUGGUCAAUACCUUUUACUGGUUUGCACUUUUCUGAGUAAUCGUCAUAUAUUCAUAUCAACUAUGAAUAUCUAUCAUCAUCUUCAAUCAGCAGUGGAGGUGUAUUAACAUACCAAAAUUACUAUCAUGUGUUUAUAUAUUAUCUAAUGAUUGUACACUACAGUAAAAUAAGUAUAUAUACCUUUGGGUUAUUUUUAAUUUUAGUAGUAUUUAUAUUUUCAUAAUUUGACUAGCUGUUAAGCAAUUAUAAUUGUUAUUUACUUUAUCAUUAGCCUGCUGUAAAUAACUUCUUAAAAUGAACAAAUUCUUUAAAUGUUACUUAAAUGUUGAAAAGGGAAUACUCCAUCAUAUUUAUCAAAAUAAUUGUUAAUGAAAGUAAACAUAAUUAAUUCAUAUUGGUCAAAGAAAUAAUACUGUAAUU